UACCGCGCAAAAUUGAUAUUUUUUUACCUGCUGUGGCGUUGUAUGAACAGAAAAAAGGGAUCAAACCAGUUUUGUAUUCAGUCUGUAAAAGUACUGUUUCACGCGUUGUCAUUGUGAUUCCGUUUAAUUAGCUGCGAAAUCAUGUCAGCAAAUAAAAGUAAUUUGAAUACAAGCGGUAAUACGCUGUUCAAUUAUUUCUCACGAAGUCCAUCGACACCGAAAUCAAAUAAACCAGCAGGCACGCCAGUUGCUAGCCCAUUGACAUCGAAACCGAACACACCGAAAACAUCGAAAACACCCAAAACUGCAAAAAAGGCAAAAGAGACAUUAAAAAGUCCCGCUAAGAAGUUGAAAUUGCAACCGGAAACUAAUUCGGAUGAUGACGACGAAGAGGAAACCAUCAAAUUCAAGAAUAAACGGAAAAUUUCACGCAUAAUCGAUUCAGAUUCGGACUACGAAUGUGAAAACGAUGAAAAUGAAUCGGACAACAGUCAAUCGAUGGAUAUUGACGAUUCGAAACCAAAAUCACGCAGAAACAAGAAGGAAACUAACGGAAGUGCGGUUCCAAAGAAAAAAAUCAAAUUGGAUUCGAACAAUGCAGCGGCUUCAAUUAAAGAUAAAUUGAAGUCGAACAUUGAUAAAUCGCAGUCUUUGUCUGACGUGAAGGAAAAUGACGACACUGACGUUCUUGAUGUGCCCGUCGUUUGGCGCCAUAAUACACUCGACUUUUUGAAACCGGAAAUGAUUCGUGAUGCUGAGAAAAGACGACCAGAUGAUCCAAACUAUGAUCCCACGAAAUUGUAUGUGUCAAACAAAUAUUUGGACAGUGUGACUCCAGGAAUGCGACAAUGGUGGGUUCUGAAGUCACAAAACUUUGACACGAUUUUAUUCUUUAAAGUUGGGAAAUUCUAUGAAUUAUACCACAUGGACGCCGAUAUUGGUGUGAAAGAAUUAGGCUUUACGUACAUGAAAGGUGACUUCGCACAUUCGGGCUUCCCAGAACAAGCAUUCUAUCGUAUGUCAACGACUUUGGUGGAACGAGGCUACAAAAUCGCUCGCGUUGAACAGACAGAAACUCCAGACGUAAUGAAUGAACGUGUCAAGACAAUGAAGAAGGCAACUAAAUUCGACAAAAUUGUUAACCGUGAAAUUUGUCAGGUCGUCACCAAAGGUACUCAAGUUUUUGGACAACAAGUCGAGAUUUCGAACGAACAUCAGCCAAAUUAUAUGCUGGCAAUUGUGGAAAAGACUUCAUCGAAUGGCCAUCGGUUCGGCGUUGCUUUCAUUGAUACGUCAAUCGGUGAAUUCAAUAUUGGUGAAUUUGAUGAUGACAAACAAUGUUCCCGUUUGCUUACAUUGAUCUCGCACAAUUCGCCCGUUUUGGUUCUCCAUGAACGUGGUCGUACAUCAUUGGAAUUGCAACAAAUUUUCAAGUCGAUGUUGUCCAAUUCAAUGCGUGAAGCACUGUUGUCAGGCUCACAAGUUUGGGAAGCCGAUAAAACAUUGAAAGUACUCAAUGAAAAGUACUAUGGCCCCAACAAUGACAAAGAAUGGCCAGACGUGAUUAAAAUGACACAAGACCCAGAUGAUCAUUUGGGCAUUACACCAAAUGCAAACUUUAAACUUGCUUUGAAAGCACUGGGCACCUGUUUGUGGUACCUCACAAAAUGUGUAAUAGACCAGCAAAUCAUGGCGAUGUGUCACUUCAAUUAUUACAUUCCGCCAGACAUUAAAAUCGAUGAUUUGGAUCAAUUGGCCGCUGACAUUGCAAAGAAGAAUUUCAACAAGCACAUGGUUUUGGACUCAAUCACUCUUUCCAACUUGAAAAUCAUCGGAGACGAUAGAUCGUUGUACAACACAUUGGAUAAUUGUUGUACAAAAUUCGGCAAGCGCCUAUUAAACUAUUGGAUCUGUUCGCCAAGUUGCGAAAAAUCAGUCAUUCGUGAACGUCAAGAGGCCAUUAAAGAGAUGAUGGAGAAUCGAGAUCAACUAAGCAAUGCUCGCACCAUUCUUGGUACAUUACCGGAUUUGGAACGUCAACUAGCUCAAAUACACACAUUUGGUAACAAGAAUCGCGCUGUCAACCAUCCAGACUCCAGAGCCAGUAUGUAUGAACAGACAAAGUACAACAAGAAAAAGAUUCAGGAUUUGACAUCAACAAUCCAAGGAUUUGAGGCAUUGGUGAAAAUUCCGAAAAUUUUCUCUGGCUUUUCAUCGAAACUUAUCAAACGAUUGACACAAAUCGAACCGAUUGGUGAAAUUCCCUCCGAUUAUAAUGCGAAAGUUCAGUUCUUCAAAAACAGCUUUGAUUUUGAUGCAGCAAAGGCCACUGGCGUCAUUGCACCAGGGCCAGGUAUUGACAGCGAAUACGAUUCGAUUGGCGUAAAGAUUAAAGAAAUUGAACAAGAUUUGGCCAAUUAUUUGAAGCAACAAGAAAAGUUUUUCGGUUGCCGUUUGCAGUAUUAUGGCAAGGACAAGAAUCGAUUUGAAAUUGAAGUGCCGGAAAAAGAGGCUAAAAAAGCCGAUUCAAGAUACAAAUUGGAAAGUCAGCGGGGAAAAGGAAAUAAAGCUGUACGUUGCUUCAGCACAGACGAAACACGUCACAUGCUGAAAGAAAUGGUGCAAGCCGAAGAACAAAGAAACAAUGUGCUAAAAGAUUUGAUGCGUCGAAUGUUUGAAAAAUUCUCAGACGAAUAUAAUGUGUGGAAGAAAAUCAUCGACUGUGUUGCCAUUUUGGAUUUAAUAAUGUCAUUCACGGUAUAUGCACAAAAUCAAGCACAAAUCUGCUUCCCUGAAAUCAUCGACAACAGUGCAGAUGGGCCGGUUAUUGAAAUUGAAGAAGGCGUACAUCCAUGCAUCUCACUCAAACUCAACGACGAUUUCAUUCCGAACGGAAUUACUUUGGGCGGUAAAACUACACCACCGUUGGCCAUUUUAACUGGUCCGAAUAUGGGUGGUAAAAGUACUUUGAUGCGACAAGUUGGUCUGUUGGUCAUAAUGACACAAAUUGGAUGCGCAAUACCAGCUGAAUCGGCAAAAAUUUCGUUGAUCGAUCGCAUUUUUACGCGACUGGGAGCGCAAGAUGAUAUUUUGGCUGGACAAAGUACAUUUUUGGUGGAACUAAGCGAAACAUCGGCUAUUCUGAAACAUGCAACAGUGAAUAGUUUGGUUUUGCUCGAUGAACUCGGUCGUGGUACUGCGACAUAUGAUGGAACAGCAAUUGCAGCUGCCGUCGUUGAUUUCCUUGCGAAUUUGAAAUGUCGCACACUCUUUUCCACUCAUUACCAUAAUCUGGUGGACAAUUUCCAUAAUGAUCAACGCAUCACACUGGGUCACAUGGCAUGUAUGGUGGAAUCAGAAGGAAACGACGAUCCAACCAAAGAGACGGUCACAUUUUUAUACAAGUACACAGACGGAGCGUGUCCAAAAUCUUACGGUUUCAAUGCUGCAAAAUUGGCUGGAAUGCCAUUAAGCAUCAUCAAACGAGCAUACGAAUACUCGAAAAAGGUCGAAUUGAUCGCUUUGAAGCGGAAGCUUUUCUCAAAAGUUCUAAGCAGCGGUGGCGUACAUGACAUCAAGGAACUGCUCCAGAAAAUCAAAAAAUGUACAAUUUAAACGAUGUUUGUUUUUUUUACUCCAGCAGCAAGAGAAUAACGCUGUUCAUUCCAGUUACAUUUUUCUCAUAUUUUCAUAAUAGAGAUAUUGAUUGAACAUAAACCACAAAUAUCAAAGAUUUUAAAAUAAAAUACAAUUUGUUAACCACAAAACUUGUUAAUCAACAUUCAA